AUGGGAAUACUAAUGCAGGGAGCUAUAGCUUCUGGAUUACUGAUUGUUGUUAUUGCUUGGUGCAUAAAGAUAAGAGGUCCUUUAUUUGCAUCAGUUUUCAAUCCUCUUCAGCUUUUACUUGUGGCUAUUUCUGCCUAUUUGUUGUUGGAUGAGAAGUUAUAUUUAGGAAGUGUCUUUGGAGCAGUGUUGAUCGUAUGCGGCAUAUAUGCAGUGCUUUGGAGUAAGAGAAGAGAAUUGGAAAAUAAGAAAAAGUUAUUUCCAUUAGAAACCGAUAUUAAGUCUGAAGUAGUAGAAUUUGUUAUACCCAAUCCAUAUAAAUGA